AAGCACUGGAUUUAGGAAUCGCCGAAGUUGGGGUUGGGUUGCAAACAACAGAAGUAACUAGUGGAAGAUAUCCUGAAUUCAAGGUGGCGUAACUGUGGGAGCUAAAAGUACUUUUGCUGCCUGAUUGAUUCCAGCCCUGGUCUCCAAGGAUGGCUGCUUUCUAUGGACAGAAGUUACUGUUGCGUCUACAAGCUUGCCAGCUAGCACAUCUUAGGCGAGCAUUUCUGGCAUCUGCACCUGAGGACUGCAAACAAGUACUUGGAAGGAAUGAACCAAGGAAGAAAAGAGGGAAGGAAAAGAACCUGAAACAGCAGCGCGGCUCCCUAGACCUAGAUUCUUCUUGGGAGAAGCGACUGUCCAGUGUGGUUACCCCUCUCUGUGGGCUCCCAUAUGAAGAACAACUGAAGGUGAAAUAUGAGAAGCUGAAAUCCAUUUUGCAGACCGUAACGGCUCGUCUUAAGGAGCUUGGUGCAGAUCACCUGGAGACCACUCAGAUGCCAGAUGGGAUCUGCUGCCCACUGAAGCCUUUAAUUCCCUCCCCUAUUGUCAAUGGCUACAGAAAUAAGUCCACAUUCUCAGUCAAUCACGGCCCUGACGGGAAUCCCAAAACUGUGGGGCUGUAUGUAGGAACCGGCAAAGGUAGGAAUAUUGUCUGUGUACGGGCCAAUCACUUGUUGAACAUUCCUCAAGGCCACUUCCAGGUAGCCCAGUGCUAUGAGGAAUUACUCCAUCAGUCCCCUUUGGAUCCCUGUCUUCUCUUUCAUACGGGUGGACACUGGCGUGAGCUCAUUGUACGAACUAAUCGGAAAGGAGACACGAUGGCUGUUGUUACCUUCCAUCCCCAACAUUUAAAUCCUGAGGAACUUAGUCUUCAGAAAGAAUUGGUCAAGGACUUUUUUGCCCAUGGACCUGGAACAGUCUGUGGUCUGUCUUCCCUUUAUUUCCAGGAAAGCGUCAUGACUCGCUGCUCCCAUAAGCAGUCCCCCUACCAGCUCCUGUCUGGAGAGCCACACAUUUUUGAAGAGCUGCUGGGUCUGAAGUUUCGCAUCUCCCCGGAUUCCUUCUUCCAAAUCAAUACAGCUGGGGCAGAGGUUCUGUACCAGGCCAUUGGGGAAAUGAGCAGAGCUGACAAGAGCACCGUUCUGCUGGAUGUCUGCUGUGGGACUGGGGCAAUCGGUCUCUCUCUAGCUGACCGAGUCUCCAGAGUCAUUGGCAUCGAGGUGGCAGACCAGGCUGUAGAAGAUGCCAGGUGGAAUGCGGCGUUUAAUGGUAUCUCCAACUGUGAAUUUCAUAGUGGGAAGGCAGAGGUUGUGUUACCCCAGUUACUGAUGUCCUGGCCAGAGACCCAACCUCUUACUGCUGUGGUGAACCCAUCUCGAGCUGGACUCCAUUACCGUGUGGUGCGAGCCAUUCGAAACUGUGAGGCCAUCCGAAGACUGGUAUAUGUUUCUUGCAAGCCUGAAGGCGAAGCCGUGAGAAACUUCCUUGAGUUUUGCUGCCCGCCAGAUUCUGGGAAGAAGCUUACGGGGGACGCCUUUGCCCUUCUCUUGGCUGUUCCAGUAGAUCUCUUUCCUCAUACGCCCCAUUGUGAAUUGGUCCUGCUUUUGGCCCGUUGAUUGCCCUUCUGGAAUUCAUCUAUUCCCCCCCCCCCAAUGGAACAACUGGAGAGAAAAAGCUGCGUCCCCUGAUGAAAUUGCCAUCACAACUAUGAAAUCUCAAUAAUUAUUUGGGGGGGGGGGUUGUACAAAAUGUGGAUGAAAAAUAAAAUAAGUGAUCUGUGCUAUUA